UGAUAUUCCUCCGCAUCCAAAAGAUCCGUCGCCGUCGAUGCUGCGAAGCCAGUAUCACCACUAUUCACCAUCAUCAUGCUACGCACACGAUCAGCUCAAUCAUUGAGGCUGGCCAGUCGUCGAGCUCCUGUGGGAUCGGCUAGACUGGCAGUCGCCACCGCAGCUUCUAGCACCAACUCCCUCGCCUCACUCACUGGCACCGCCACCCGCCGAUGGCUCCACGCCACGCCAACUUCGCGCAUCUCUAUGCCAGGCGGAGGAGGCAUGGGCAUGCCAGGACAACAGCAACGCAAGCCAGGCGAGUCUCUCGCCCAAUUCACGCAAGAUCUCACCAAGCUAGCCAAAGACGGCGCUCUCGACCCCGUCAUCGGUCGAGCAGACGAAAUCCGCAGGGUCAUACAGAUCCUCUCUCGUCGCCGCAAGAACAACCCUGUGCUCCUCGGAGAAGCCGGUGUGGGCAAGACGGCAGUGGCAGAGGGGCUCGCCCAACGAAUAGUGCGAAAGGAGGUGCCCGAGAGUCUUCAGGCAAAGAGGGUCAUGUCGCUGGACUUGGGAGCUGUUAUGCAGGGGACCGGGAUCAAGGGCGAGUUCGAAUCGAGGGUAAAGGCAUUGCUUGAAGACGUAGAGCAGGCCGGAGAUGUGCUCCUUUUCGUCGAUGAGGCUCAUCUCCUGGUCAAAGCAGAGGGAUCGUUGGAUAUGGCCAACCUCCUCAAGCCAAUGCUGGCGCGAGGAACACUUCAGCUCAUUGCGGCCACCACCUUCUCCGAAUGGCGCACCUCCCUUGAAAAGGAUGCUGCUCUCGCCCGUCGCUUCCAGCCUGUCAAUCUCAACGAGCCCUCAGCAGAGGAAGCAAUAGCCAUUCUUCGCGGACUACGCAGUCGCUACGAGACACACCACGGCGUCUCCAUCGCAGACUCUGCGCUCGUGGCCUGCGUCAACUUUGCCACGCGCUGCCUUGGGUCAGAACGCAGGCUACCGGACGCGGCGAUUGACCUCAUGGACGAGUCGAUGGCUUCCUUGCGCCUUCAGCAGGAGUCAAAGCCUGAGAGAUUGGAAAGCAUGGAACGCGACCUCAUGACGGCGCACAUUGAGCUCGAAUCUCUUAGACACGAGACGGAUGACUUCUCCGUCGAGCGACGCAAGGCUGUUGAGGCCAAGAUCGCCGAGACGCAAGCUACCUACGACAAACUCAACAAAAUCUGGCAGGACGAAAGGGAGAGACUUGAUCAAGUGGUGGCCAUCAAGAAGGACGUUGAGGACCUGGUACAUCGCCUCGAGGAGGCAGAGAGGGAGCGCAACUUUGCGCUAGUGGCUCAGCUGCGCUACGGUGAGCUGCCCAAGCUGCAGCAGCGUCAGCAGGAGAUCGAGGAUGCAAUUCGCGGACGCAGCCAGCAUCGUAGCGAGCUCGAUGAGGACGAGGCCACCGCAGGGGUCAUCUCAAACGAUCGCGUGACCGCAGAGGACAUCGCGGUAGUGGUGUCUAGGCAGACCGGCAUUCCUGUUCGCAACCUUCUCAAGGGCGAACGACAGCGCCUUCUCACUAUGGAAGACGCGCUCCGAUCCCGAGUUCAGGGUCAAGACGAAGCCAUCUCAGCCAUCUCUGAGGCCGUGCGUCUCAGCCGUGCCCAACUGCAAAACGACAAGCGCCCACUCGCCUCCUUCCUCAUGCUGGGCAGCACUGGCGUAGGCAAGACGGAGCUAGCUCGCGCACUCAGCAGCUUCCUCUUCGACGACGAGUCUUCGCUCAUUCAGCUCAACAUGAGCGAGUACUCUGAGCCGCACACCAUUUCCCGUCUCCUGGGCUCUCCGCCAGGCUACGUGGGAUACGGCGAGUCCGGAGAGCUGGACAAGGUACGCAAGCAGCGCCAUGUCAUCGUGCUGUUUGACGAAGUGGAGAAGGCCUGUCGUGCGGUGCAGAUGAGUCUGUUGCAAAUCCUCGAGGAAGGGUCGAUCCGCAGCGCUCAAGGGCAGAAUAUCGACUUCAGGAACUGCAUCAUUCUGGCGACGAGCAAUCUUGGGGCAGAACAGCUCUUCAAGCCCGAGGCGACGGAUGCAGAUGGCAAGGUUCUGCCCGCAGCCAAGCAGGCGGUGCUUCGUUCGGUACAACGUUCGCUUCCUCCCGAACUGAUCAACAGGUUCGAUGACCAGCUCGUCUUCAAUCUGCUCCGCAAGUCAGACCUACAGGGCAUCGUGGACCUCCGCCUCCGCGAGGUGGAGCAGCGCCUCGCCACUCAGCGCGUGCGUAUCGAUGUAGAUGACAAGGCGAAGGCGUGGCUGGCGGAGCGCGGCUACGAUAAGGCGUAUGGUGCGCGUCCGCUCAACCGCGUCGUGAGGAGGGAGGUUCUCAACCCGCUUGCUAAGGGCUUGAUCCAGGGGAGUGUCAAGGCAGGGGACGUGGUGCCAAUCAGCCUUGAUGCCAAGGGCGAAGGGCUAGAGAUCAGAUUUCCUCACGAGGCUGGCGUGACGGGGAGUGAGGCAGCUUCGUCAUCGUCGGCUGCUGCUGCGGAGGCGGGGAGGGAGAUGGAGAGAGACCUAGAGGAGGAUGACGCUGUUGAGGAUGGGGAUUGGAAGGUCGUAGACCCGGGGAUGGCGCCGCAGCCCUCCGCUUGAGUCGGAGCUGCAGGGACAUCGCAUAUUGUAUAGAGCAUACCGUAGUCACCACUCCUGAGCACAUACCAUCAAUCCAUGUUGAGCCACCGAUCAGAUGACCGCUUGAGCCUGAGCGUGGGCC